UUGUUUUCGGCUCCGUGGAUUCUAAUAUUGAAGUUUUUCUUAAAAAUGCACGUUUUUAAGAUUUUCAGUCCCGGCAGGAAUGUUGUGCUGGGAAAUGUUAAGAAAUUAUACUUGCAGAGGUUUGCAGUGUCUGGAUCGAGAGCUGCCUACGCUCACACUGCCAUCAGUAGAUUUGACGCUGAUAAAUAUCUACCUUACGAGAAGCUUGACCAGAAUUUAAAAAUUGUCAAAAAAAAACUCAAUAGGCCAUUGACGCUUUCGGAAAAAAUUCUCUACAGCCAUCUAGACGACCCAGCCAAUCAGGAUAUAAAAAGAGGCGUCAGCUAUCUGAAGCUAAGGCCUGAUCGAGUCGCCAUGCAAGAUGCUACUGCUCAGAUGGCCAUGUUGCAGUUUAUUUCCAGUGGCCUGCCCAAGGUGGCCGUGCCCUCGACGAUUCAUUGUGACCACUUGAUCGAGGCCUAUGUGGGCGGAGAUAAGGAUCUUUCUAAGGCUAAGGAAGUGAAUGCAGAGGUGUACGAGUUUCUUUCAUCAGCUGGUGCCAAGUAUGGCGUCGGAUUCUGGAAACCCGGAAGUGGGAUUAUUCAUCAGAUAGUUCUAGAGAACUAUGCCUUCCCAGGAAUUUUGCUGAUUGGCACCGAUAGCCACACCCCGAAUGGAGGUGGACUGGGUGGCCUGUGCAUCGGCGUUGGCGGGGCGGACGCCGUUGACGUCAUGGCAAAUAUUCCUUGGGAACUUAAAUGCCCUAAUGUCAUUGGAGUCAACCUGACAGGUUCACUGAAUGGAUGGACAUCCCCUAAAGACAUAAUUUUGAAACUGGCGGACAUUUUGACCGUUAAAGGCGGAACAGGCGCCAUUGUUGAAUAUUUCGGACCUGGGGUUGAUUCUAUUUCCUGUACUGGAAUGGCGACGAUUUGUAACAUGGGCGCUGAAAUUGGGGCAACGACAUCGGUGUUCCCUUACAACGGUCGGAUGAAAAAGUACCUGGAAUCAACGAACAGGCAACAAAUUUCCUCUGAGGCUGACGGUUACAGGUUGAAACUUCUCCAGGCAGACGAGAGGUGCGAAUACGACCGAGUCAUUCAUAUUGAUCUUAAUACCCUUGAGCCGCACUUGAAUGGCCCCAUGACGCCCGAUCUAGGAAACCCCAUCUCGAAGUUGGGAGAGAACGCCAAGAGUAAGGGCUGGCCCCUGAAUAUAUCCGUAGGUCUGAUUGGUAGCUGCACGAACAGCAGCUACGAGGACAUGAACAGGGCAGUGGCCGUGGCCAAGCAGGCCCUCCAGAAGGGGUUGAAGGCCAAGGUCCCUUUCACCAUAACGCCGGGGUCGGAGCAGAUAAGGGCCACCAUCGAACGUGAUGGCCAGGCAAAGAUAUUGAGGGAGUUUGGCGGUCUGGUUCUUGCCAACGCUUGUGGGCCCUGUAUCGGCCAGUGGAAAAGGGACGAUUUCAGAACGGGGGAGAAAAACACCAUCGUGACGUCAUACAACCGAAAUUUUAAGGGCCGAAACGACGGCAACCCCUCUACCCACGCGUUCGUGGCCUCCCCAGAAAUGGUCACCGCCCUGGUCAUCGAGGGCCGCCUGGAUUUCAACCCCCUAUCUGACUACCUGACUGCUACCGAUGGUUCAAAGUUCAAACUAACCAGUCCAUCUGGCGACGAACUUCCCUCGAAGGGGUUUGACCCCGGCCAGGACACCUACCAGGCCCCCCCUUGCGACGGAAGUCUCUUGAAGGUGGAGGUGGACCUCAAAAGUGAUCGUCUGCAACUUUUGAGUCCAUUUAAAAAGUGGGACGGACAGGAUUUACUGGACCUUCCGAUCCUGAUCAAGGUGAAGGGCAAAUGCACUACGGACGAUAUAAGCCCGGCUGGCAAGUGGUUAAAGUUCAGAGGUCAUCUGGAUAAUAUUUCUAAUAACAUGUUCAUUACAGCCAUCAACUCGGACAACAACGAAAUGAACAAGGUAAAAAACCAGCUGACCGGCGAAUAUGGCGCCGUACCAGCCGUUGCGAGAAAUUACAAGGUGAAGGGCGUUGAUUGGGUGGCCGUCGGGGAGGAGAAUUACGGGGAGGGUAGCAGCAGGGAGCACGCUGCCCUCGAACCCAGACACCUUGGCGGGCGAGCCAUCAUCGUUAAGAGUUUUGCCAGGAUUCAUGAAACAAAUUUAAAGAAACAAGGGAUGUUACCUUUGACCUUUGCUAAUCCUGCCGAUUAUGAGAAAGUUCAAAUUGAUGACAGGAUUUCGAUCUUGGGUCUCGACUCGUUUGCACCCGAGAAGCCACUGGAGUGCAGACUGAAGCACAAAGACGGAAGUAGUGACGUCAUAGCCCUCAACCACACCUUCAACGCCAUGCAGAUUGAGUGGUUCAGAGCCGGAAGUGCUCUCAAUAGAAUGAAGGAAUUAAGCUCCGGAAUGAAGGAAUGAAAAAGGGGGAUGAAGAAAUGAAUGAAGGAGUUAAAAUCCUGAAUGAACAAAUAAAGGAAUAUAGAAAUUAAUUUAGCUAUUGAAUGAAUGCAUGAAGGAAUGAGUGAGUGAGUGAAUGAAUGAAUGAAUGAAUGAA